AUACCUUACAGUAAGCUGUCAUUAGACGAUAUCAGCAAACCCAAAGACUACAAGCACAUCUUCCAUGUAGGGGUCGACGGAAAGGUCGAAGGUGACCCAACGUUUGGGGGUGACUAUCGUAAUAUACCAAAGACAGAAGAGGAGGAGGAGUCCAGCCCGUCAAGAUCAUCAUCAACGUCGGGGAGAUCCGAUUCAAAAACCUCCACACCUUCAAAAUCACCAAACAAGUCAAAAAAGAACAACAAGAAGAACAUUUCCGGACCUGUUAUUGAACUCUCAAAAGACACUAUCCUUCCACCACCAAACGGUUUUGAAUCCGGUUCAACGGUAAAUGUACCGGAUGUGGUACCAUCUGUAACGCAGCAGGUGUCGAGUGCGCCACCACCAAUUCCUGAGCAGCUACCGAAGAAGGCGCCGAUUGCAAGUGCGCCACCGCCGAUCCCGGCGCAGCCACCACAGAAGGCCCCGAUAGCAGUGCUCGCGGAACCCGAGAUCACGUAUACCAACGGUACCAGAUCAAAUCACAGAGGAGACUCGUAUGGAGAUAAAAAAGAUGGCGAUUUGUCAUCAUUUGAGAUGGGAUCCCUCCUCGAUGAUAUGAUGUCUGUCUGGGACUCUGCAAAACUCAACCUUGGUUUCAGUGACGCCUUAGACCCCACCCCUGAGGAAUCAGAAGACAUCAUGGAGGAAGAGGACUCCCUUUUGGAAGGUGAGGAAAAUGCGCUUUGUAACGGCAAUACUAGUUUGUCACCUCCCACUCUCAGUGUAGGCACGGUGAACCCGAUGGCGGUGGAAGAGGUCAUGACCAACGGUAUGGCGGAAGCGGAGGAGAAGGAAGAGGUAAAGACUGUGAGUGAAGAUCAGGAGGAAUCGGAGCUUGGCGCAGUAGGCGGGGCUAGUGCUUCCGGGGUUUCGGCGGGGAUGUCGACCAUGGGUAAAAGUUCAGAGGGGAGUAUUCUAUCAGGGAAUAUCAUCAUCAAGGAUAGCAUGACCAAACCAACAAAGACAUUCCGCAAGGUUCCGCGUCAGACGCCCGAUGAAAACGGGGAAGCGGGUGAUGGUGUAGCUAAGCCGGAAAAUCGGCCGCAGGAACAAAGUCAGGCUCCAAGGAGCAGACCGGGUAGGGAUAUGAACCUUGCUAGGCAGAUGUCACGAGAAAAGCGCUGGGAUAAUGAAUUUAAGCGAUUGUCAUCAUCCCCUAAAGACAAGUCUUCUGAUAAUGAAUACAUUGACACUGAAACAAUGAAUAAAAAGGUUGAUACAUCAAGCGAGGAAUAUGAAGAAUUGGCCUUGGCUUCUUCUCCACAGCCUUAUACUCUGAGGGACAGUGUACUGGACAGUGCUAACGUUAUGAGAGUGCCACGUUACGCUGAUGUCUCACGCAGCGUCAGUCUGCGUACCACUAGACCGGGAGCGGACAGUCCCGACUCGCGCGUUGAAGUUGAACUGAAUAGAAGUCAGAGUCUUCGGGAACCACCCGUAUCUCCAUUAGGUCAGCAAGCUUAUAACAGUCUCAUUGGUGGGGAUAUAUCAGGUAAUAUGUGUAGAACGCGUCCUGAAGUACCGGAGAGGAAACCACCGGUGGUUCCUCCGAAACCAGCACCCAAACCACCAAGCCGUGUUAAAGCCCCUGAUAACUCGGGAGAGGGAAGGUUUCGCAAUGGGGAAGCUAGGCUCUCAGGGUCAAGCAGUCAUAGGAGUUACAGUGGAACUUCUAGCGAUGAUGGGAUGUUUGAAGAUACAAACAUUCAGGUCGCAUCGGGAGACAUCGCCGGGAAGAGUGGUGCAGUCGCGUCCCUGAGACAGCGCUUUAACACCAACCAAACUGACGACACUCCUCCCAGGCCACCUCCACGUGAACUAACAGAAAACAAAGUAAGCUCGUUUCCAGGAGUCAGGCUCAGGAGACGUGAACAAACAAACGGGAUGAACGAAAACUUUUACGCCUCUGAACCGGACAACAAUAAUGCCUUCACCCCAAACCUGAAAUUCAGCUCUACCACCCUCCAAAACCUCGAGCAGCACAUGCCCCGCCGAGUGCGUCGCUCCGUCGGUGAGGACCGCAUCAAGAGAAGAAACUCCAGCGAUGCCAGCGACUCCGACACCGAUGUUGCCAAAACUCACACCGAACGUGUCUGGAGCACAUCUAGCCGUGCCUCAGAGGGGGACAGUUCUUCGGACGAGACUGUCGGCUCCAAUCGUCUGUCAACAUCCAGUACAGAGAGGAGCUCUUACUCAGAAACUCAGAGCAGUAGCGGUUACAAAUCUCCGCCACGAUCACUGUACGACCUACCUGAGGACCAGACUAACAGCACCAGUAGCCGUCAAGCCCAACCACCAUCUUCAGAAGACCUUCACAGCAUGGAUCAUAGACCUCCCCCUUUGCCCCCUCGAGUCGCAGCAGACUCCACCACCUCCACCCACCGUAAGGCCCCCGAUAGACCCCCAUCAGGAGGCAGCGAUGCCCAUUGGACACGCCCACCUGAAGCCGCGGGGCACAAUGGCGAUAUCCCCCACAGUGCUGUCCCCCCGCCUCGCCCGCUACGGUACGACAUCUACGACCGGCUGCCGCGGAGCAGGACGGUCGAUAUGGGCGAGCAUGAACUCGACUGCCAGAAGCGAGCCAGUCAGUCGGACUAUGAUGUGUUACCCGUACGGAGACCCGUUUGGAAUCAAAACAAGAGCUUUUCUGUGGAUGGAGCGGAUAUUGGUGAUGACUAUAUGUAUGGCUCGGCGGCCACUAUUAGACAAUUGCUGAGACAGAAUAAUGUAUCUAAUAAUGAAAAUGUGAAUAAUAAUCAUGACGAGGUUGUCAGUGAUGCUGAUAACUUGGAAGAUAUGCCGGAAACGUCGCCCCCUCCUGUCCCCACUUCCCGUAAAUCAUUCCUUGAUAGCACACAUGGUGAAAACUCUUCAGUGCAACUCUCAGGAAAGUCGGACACUAGUGUAUCACAAGUGCAGAGAUAUUCAAUACGUGAACCUGAGUAUGUCAUGAUGAAACCACAAUCGGAUCAGGAUGUGAAACGUGAGUACACACAGCUUUCUUCAGCGAACCCUAAAAGUGACUAUGCUGUUCCGAUAAAUCACAAAUAUACUAGCCAAAACAAUAGUGCCAGUCCCAUUCAAAAUAAUGCUGCCAAGACUCCCAACCUUUCAGACAAGGACAAAGCUUUUUAUUUGUUAAUGCAUCCUACACGUUCAUCCAAACAAAGCAACAGUUCUAGCCAAAAGUUCAUCAGGACAAAGAGUGCCCAUCUGGUUAGGAGACCUGCAUUCCUGAGAGCUCCAAGGACUCCAGAGCAGCGACGCGGAACGGUCUCUGCUUCGACCAGACGAACGGAUGAGGAUGGAUCGUCCAGUCUGCCCAGGAGUGACCGGUCAGCUGGAGAUGGCCAUAGGAUGAGGCGUUCCAGGAGCUCUGAUGAUAUACUGAAGGACGGUGACUGGACAAUGCCCCAAGAAGCAGAAAGUCUUCAAGACCUUCUAGCCAGGGCUUACAUCUCACCAAGUGACCGUCGCUCUACAAAAGACCCAAGGAGUGGAUACCUCAUACCUCCAGCCGCCAGGCGCAAACUUCCAUCAUCAGAUGCAUCCCAAGUUACCCCCAGUACCCCUCCCCCAUCAACUCACUCCAGCCAUCAGACUCCGCCCUCAUCUGGUUACCAUGGCGAGGCCGCGUAUCUCGACAUGUCACAGAACUCACUAGAGAGGAAAAAGAAAAAGGAACAGGAGAAAGGUAGUUUGAACUGGAUUGAUCCAGUUCAAGGUAGCUCAGAAUGGUCAUCCCCUUCCUCGUCCCCAUCGACGAGAGAUAAUGCAAAGUCAGUCUCACCCAGUGGGAACCGGUUAUCUCAUCCUCCAGCAUCCAGCUCAAACCAGACCAGAUCAGUUCCAGCCAGCGGGAACCGGUUAUCGCAUCCACCAGCAUCAAGCGCAAACCAGUCCCAAGCAGUUUCAUCCAGUGGGGACCGGUUUUCUCAUCCACCAGCAUCCAGCUUAAACCAGAUCAAAGCAGUUCCAUCCAACCAGGCAGCACCGCAAAUAAUGUCCAGAUAUGUCUUUUAUGAUCCAAACGAUGAUGAGGUAGAUCUAUGAUACAUGGACGAUAUUUGAACGAACUUCUGCAUAAUUAUUCAAAAUGUUGGCAAAAUAGGAGCUAAAAUUCAUAUUGGACAAUUAUUUAUCCUGAUUACUUGAAUAAUAGGGGAUUUAUGUUUUUUCUGAUAUUCUAAUUUAUUUAUUUAAAUGCAUUUUUGGGUCAAAUAUAAUACCUACCGGUGUCUUUAUGUUUUUGUAUUUUCAAUACCCCAUUUCCAGGGAUGUAGUUGAGGCUGAGAGUUCCGAGUGUCGAUGCUGCUGCUAAAAAUUUCUCUCAUAGAUUUUGUACAGAGACCAAGGCAGACAAAUUUUGCCUCAAGACUGGCUUAUCGCCCUCGACUCCUUCCCUGGUAAUUCAAUUUCAGUCUUGAAUAUAAUUCUAAGAUAAUUCUUUUUAAAAUAGCUCGCAAAAGUUCUUAGAAUUAUAUUUCUAAUAAUCCCACAUUGUAUGUAAAGGAACGGCCUUAUCAUUUUAUUUGCACCUCUCUUCUCAUGUUUGCGCUCGCUGUGUACAAAAUCAGUGGGAAUGGAACGAUGUCAAGAGCACUGACAAAAUAAACAACAAUGAGUGGACUGGUGACUUAUUUCAAGAUGCUGAAAGGACAAGAAAAGUCAAUCAAAUAUUAAAGAAGUGAAGAAACAUUCCUUUGGUAUAUAUCUCAAUGUUUCCAAAACUACAUUGAACAACUCCAUAGUUUCACAGAAUGUGAAUUUGAAUCUCAUUUAUAUAUUAAUAAAAAGUAUUAAUAAAAUCAGUGUGGAAUUGGAGCACGAUAUGGCUCAGUUUUUCCCCUUCUAUCAUGUAUUUCCUCUUUCUAGAGCCCUAUUUUGUUUCUUGUCGUGACAUUGCUGUUUACACUAAGAUUAUUCUUCUGAGGGUCGCUUCUGUUAAAAAAAAAAGGAAUUGAGAAGCUGUUCACUGUUCAGUCGAGCAGAUUUUUGCAACAUUGGAACAAUGUGUAUAGGUACUAAUAUUAGUACAGGUUUUUCAAGUGAGUAAACAAGGUUUACAUCACAUAACAUCAAUGGGCUGGCUGAACCAUGUAGGCUUAUCAUAUAAAGAUUGAAAACAAAAUUCAAUAUAGCUCAGAGCAUCAGAGGUGAAGUUCUAUAAGUAACUUUGAAAAAGUCAAAUAGAAGUUGACUCUAUUUUAGAAUUAUGGCAAUGACGGCAACUUCAUGUUGUCUGAAAACAAUCUCCUAGUUCCUGUAGAGAUUAACUCUUUCUUAGCAAAAGAAGGUUACCACUCGGCCUUAACAAUAAGAUAAACCUUAUUUAGCUGUCCCUAGCAUUUUUAAGAUUUGAGAUACAAGGUCCAUACAGCCCUACAACAAUGUGUUUUGCACUAGUCAGACCAUUAUUAUUACAUAUAAACUGGGUUCCAAAAGAAACUUAUCAAGCUUCACAAGCGCGCAACACAAAUUCCACUAAGCUCAAACGAACAAAAUUUUGACACAGGCUACCUUUGAUAAUCUUCACUAAGCACAUGUCAAUAAUUAAGAGAUUGGUUUCAUCACAAAGAGGCUGUAGCCCCUCAAAUCAAUUGGUUCUGGAAUCCAAAGUCACAAAAUGGCAAAAGAAAAACCAUUGAAAAUGAGAUGGAAUUGAACCAAAUGGUAAUUCUUUGCUUGACUGCUAUUGGGUCUAUUUCCUGCAUUAUGCUUCUUUGACCUCAAUAGGUGUAUUUGAAAUGUUAAUUUCAACUUCCUGUAAAUUCUUAGUUAUUGAGGCAAUCAAUUAAACAUGCUGAAGGUCAAACUGGUAACUUUGCCCUUAUCCAUCUUAUUUUCAUUUCCUUUCUUUUGCCAUUUUGUGACUUUGGAUUCCGGAACCAAUUGAUUUGAGGGGCUACAGCUUCUUCGUGAUUAAACCAUAUCUCUUGAUUAUUGACAUGUGCUUAGUAAAGAUUAUUGAAGCUAGCCUGUGUCAAAAUUAUGUUCUUUUUGACUGAGUGGAAUUUGUGUAGUGCACUUGUGAAGUUUGAUAAGUUUCUUUUGGAACCCAGUUUAGAUGUAAAGCAGUUUUUGUUUUCUAUUGUCCUACCUCAAAGUAACUUUAGAAUUAAAGAAAGAAAUCAGCUUACUAGCCAUUCAUAUUUGAUUCUGAGAGAGCCUGCCACACAUCAUAGUUUAUUCUAAAGAUGGUAAUCUUAACCUUGGUAAUUGAAUUUUAUGUGAUAAUUAUUUAAUAUAUGGAAUCACAAUUAUAAGGGUAUAUAUUUUAGAUCUGCUGCAUUGUUGUUAUGUUGGGGGAAAUAGACUGUUAAAUGUUUUAAUGUAGUAAUGUAUUUCAUUUUGAGCAAUUUGUGGUGACCAUCGUUCAGGAGAAUCAGAAUAAUUUGAUCAAACUCGCCUUUUCCAGCAUUUCAUUGCAGUCUAUACCCUCUAAAUGUUGAUUCUAAUAAUAAAAAAAUGGCUACUCAAAUUCAUCCGUUGUUGGAAAAAAUCUUUUCUUGAAAGCAGCUCUGCAUAUUAAAAACAUAGUUACAACUUCUGGCUGUGCUGAACAAGUUGAACAAAUUCCUUUUUAAGGAAGUAUUUAAAAUAUUUUGCAUUUUCAUAUUCUAAAGAUCCCCUGGGUUUCCCAUACCGUUCUUUCACACAGUAAACAAAUUGUAAUUUGAAUGUUGAUUCCAGUAAAAAAAUAAGACUAAUGACAAAUUUUUAGCAAAUGUGAAACCAAACUUAAACCUGAAUAUAAUCAUGAACGCUAAUCACAAUCACAAAUUCAAAUUCUAUUUUGGAAGUGAAUUCCAGUUCCAUUCCAUUCAAAUCACAGUUUUGGAGUGAGCGUGUAAAAGGUAUGAUGAUUCUCAAGACGAAUUGCAAGGUACACGUGUGAAAAAUUCCCUUUGUCAGCCUGCUGUUACGAAGUAAGCUAAACUACAUAUUUUCCACCACUCUUACUACAGACCCUCUCUGACCUUUAUUUUUCUUCAUAAAUUGAUUUAAAAAUGGCUUCCUUCCUUUGACACUGAAUGAAAGCAUCAGUCAAUAAUAGGGUAUCUUCAAGUUUGACAGAAGACAGUAAAAAUAUUUGAUAACUUAACCAAAUGAUUUUGAUUGAAAGAAUAUUUGCAACCAAAAUGUUUUUGUGUCAUCCAAAAACCUUAUGGUUCUAAAUAUAUUUCUUUACAUAUUCUCAAACAGUAUUGCUGUUUGCAUUUUUUUUUUGUAUUUGUUUUGUUUCCAUUUUAAGUCUUUUCCAGUGCGACAUGUAAUUUAUAUACUGCCAUCUUUUGAAACUUGCUAUUUUCUUCCAUAUUAAACAAAAAUCGGCAGCAUCUUAUACCUUUGAGAAACGUAGUCGUAUCUGCUACUUGACAGCUACUUUGGAUUAUUUGUAUUAAUUAUUAUGUAUUAUAUUUGUAAAUAUCUACAAAUAUAAACAGAAAUGUACAUAAUUUUAUAUAUUUGAUAAAACCAAGUAGCGUUCAUUGUAAAUUGACAUGAACAGAUAUUAGGCAUUUUAAAAGUUGCAUGUUUGCAUAAUACUCAUGUUCCCCCUAAUACUAAUAUUGCUUUUUCCAGUUAUUAUGCCUUGUUUAAAAAGAUGUGCUCAUACUUUGUAUUUAUAGUAAUAUUGCUUUGUACAAACCUACAAGGGUGGUUCUUAUUGUGACUUGUAAGUGUAUAUUUUUACUUCUAAUUCUGUAUUCAACUAUUAUUUGAUGACCAAUUAUUAUGCAAACAAAACUACUGCUAUAUACUCCCUUUAUCAUGCCAUGAUAAUUAUUAUUUCUUUGUUCUUUGAGAAUGUAUUGUUAAUGUGAACGGUUUAUAAUUCAGAUUGUUCUUUUGUGACCAUCGUGAUGAAAUGCAUGUUGCAAAAGUGAACAAAGGUAUGGAUUGUGAGAGUGACUCGGAAAUAAAGUCAUGACACAGAUUUAUAGAAAAAAUGGA